AUGUCACUUUCCUGCCCAAAAAACUUCUUCAAGAGGUUCUGUAUUGAUGAAUUUCAAAUAGAUAGCGUUGCUCAGAGCAGCUUCUUCUCUAGUGAUCUUCUGCCCUCCCUUGGAGCCAGAAUCAACCAGUCAACUAAGCUCAGGAAAUACAUUAUAUCCCCAUACAAUCCUCGCUAUAGGGCUUGGGAGAUGCUACUUGUUCUUCUAGUCAUUUACUCCUCCUGGAUUUGCCCGUUCGAGUUUGCAUUUCUGCCUUACAAGCAAGAUGCUCUUUUCGUCAUUGACAACAUUGUCAAUGGCUUCUUUGCCAUUGACAUCUUCCUCACUUUCUUUGUUGCCUAUCUCGACAGCCACUCUUAUCUUCUCGUUGACAAUCCCAAGCAAAUCGCAAUGAGGUACAUCUCAACCUGGUUCAUUUUCGAUGUGUGCUCCACUGCACCAUUUCAGUCAAUUAGCCUCCUCUUCACAAAUCAUGGCAGCGAACUUGGCUUCAAACUACUCAACAUGCUCAGGCUCUGGCGCCUCAGACGUGUCAGCUUCCUGUUUGCAAGACUUGAGAAGGACAUUCGGUUCAAUUACUUCUGGAUUCGGUGCACAAAGCUCAUAUCUGUAACCCUUUUUGCAGUACACUGUGCUGGAUGCUUCAACUAUCUGAUCGCAGACCGAUAUCCUGACCCGAAACGAACCUGGAUUGGUGCAGUGUACCCAAAUUUCAAAGAGGACAGUCUCUGGAACAGAUAUGUGACUGCAAUAUACUGGUCUAUAACAACACUAACAACAACUGGCUAUGGGGACUUGCAUGCUGAGAACCCCAGGGAGAUGCUGUUUGACAUUUUCUACAUGCUCUUCAACUUGGGAUUGACAUCUUACCUCAUUGGAAACAUGACAAACCUUGUGGUUCAUUGGACCAGCAGAACCAGAAUCUUUAGGGACACAGUGAGAGCUGCUACGGAAUUUGCAGCAAGAAAUGACUUGCCCCAACGCAUUCAGGAUCAAAUGUUGUCACAUAUAUGCCUUAAGUUCAAGACAGAAGGAUUGAAGCAGCAAGAGACCUUAAAUGGUUUGCCAAAAGCCAUUCGUUCAAGCAUUGCACAACAUCUCUUCUUCCCCGUUGUUCAAAAAGUCUCUCUCUUUCAAGGAGUUUCUCAUGACUUCCUCUUUCAGUUGGUAUCAGAAAUAGAUGCAGAGUAUUUUCCACCCAGGGAAGAUGUAAUUCUACAAAAUGAGGCUCCAACGGAUCUUUACAUACUGGUCUCAGGUGCAGUGGAUAUGAUAUGCAAUAUUGAUGGGCACGAGCAAGUUGUAGGAAAGGCAACUGCUGAUGAUACUUUGGGAGAAAUAGGAGUAUUAUGUAAUAUGCCACAGCCUUUCACCGUUCGGACCACCGAACUUUCUCAGAUUUUACGACUCCGCAGCAGUUCCCUGAUGGCCACUGUACAAGCAAAUAAGGAAGAUGAGCAAAUUAUCAUGAACAACAUUUUUAUGAAACUGAAGGGGCAAGAAGGGUUGGGCUGUGAAUAUCCACAUACAGAUCCAAUAGAAGGAUGCUGUUCUCAAGCACAAUGCAAAGACAAUUCACAUCAAGAUCCAUUGUUUACAGGUCCAGAGGCUACAGAGAAGAGUGAGAUAUGCAAGGCUGAUAUUUUAACUAGAUGUGCAAUGGAUGUCAACAUCGCUGCUGAGGACGGCCAAAUGGCUCUUCAUUCUGCUGCUCGCCAGGGACAUAAGGAAAUGAUUAAAAUUUUGCUUGAAGGAGGAACCAAUGUAAACAAACCGGAUACUAGAGGUUGGACGCCAAAAGCUCUGGCACAACAGCAGGGAAACAAGAGCAUAAAUGACCUCUUACGAAGUUUUGAGAAUAGGAGAAUAGAUGAACAUAGAAUAGAGUUUAGUGAGCCAGAAACAUCGGAAAGCACCAGGAAUUGUAAAGGAAAUUCCAAAAGACACGAGGGCACCCAGUUUUUCCACUCUCACUUGAGAAAGGAACCCAUGAAGUCCUACUCAGCCACUUCUAGCCCUGCAAGAGAUAAAGAAGGGAUGAGACCAAUCAACAAGAGAGUAACUAUCCACAUGCAUUUUCAAAAUGGAAGUGUAUCAGAGAUGCAGCUUGCAAAGUUAAUAAUCCUACCUGAUUCGAUGGAAGAGCUGCUCAGAGUUGCCAGUGAGAAGUUUGGAGGCUACAAACCUACAAAAGUCAUUAAUGCAGAGAAUGCAGAAAUAGAUGACAUAAGUGUUGUUCGAGAUGGUGAUCACCUCUUUCUUCUUCAUCAUGACUGUGAUAAUAUGAAUUCUGAUGUGACUUAA